AUUGUCCAUUUUUUGACAUUUUUCAUAAGUUCAAGGACAUAAUCGAAAAUAGCCUAAAAAGUAAGGACUUAGUAGUAAAGCAAAUAAAUAGUUCUGCCUGUUGCAGUCAUCUUGACUCUCCGUAUUUCCAAUUAACUUAUAAUAAUAAAUAGUUUUAGUUAAAUUAAAUAAAGGAGGCCGCAGUUACCAUUUACAAACGUCGUCGUUUCGAUAUCUAGGGCUCUAUAAAUACAGAUUCGCAAUCGAAUGGGCUCACACUUUCGCUCAGUUUAUCUUUCAUAGUUAUUUUCUCUCUCUCAGGUUUAGGGCUUUCCGAAUUACAGAGUCGAGAGAAAAAAACGAUGUCGACAAUCGACGCCGCAUCUGAGAAGAAGAUCUGCCUGAGGAGCUCCGACGGCGAGACGUUCGAAGUGGAAGAGUCCGUCGCCGUCGAGUCGCAGACGAUAAAGCACAUGAUCGAGGACAACUGCGCCGACAGCUGCAUCCCGCUCCCCAACGUCACCGCGAAGAUCCUGUCGAGGGUUCUCGAGUACUGCAAGAAACACGCCGAAUCCGUCGCGAAGUCUGAGGCCGAAGGCGCGUCUACCACCGACAAGGCGGCCGCCGACGAGGAGAUCAAGUCGUACGACGCUGAUUUCGUGAAGGUGGAUCAGGCUACGCUUUUUGAUUUGAUAUUGGCUGCAAACUAUCUGAACAUCAGAAGCUUGCUCGAUCUGACCUGUCAAAAUGUGGCUGACAUGAUCAAAGGUAAGACACCCGAGGAGAUACGCAAGACAUUCAACAUUCAAAAUGACUUCACCGCUGAGGAGGAAGAGGAGGUCCGAAGGGAGAAUGCUUGGGCUUUUGAGUGAGAUGGGCACCGAUUUCCAUGUCUAUAUAAUAUGACAGUUCCUUUUGUGGUGCCCCUUAUUAAUAAUAGUAACUGGUUACGAACUUCUGGUAGUAGUAAAUAUUCAGUAUCUAGUUCUCUGACUAAGUAGUAGUUUCGUGUUUUGGUUGGUUCAGCAAAAUCGAACCUCGCCUCUUUUUUUUUCCAGUCGUGGCAUGUUUGCUUAUGUUUUGACAUUCGUUGCGUCAAUCGUUAUAUUUUGAUUUUCGGAGCGCGUUA